AUGGGCGAAGCUGAAUUUGAAAAAUUAUUUGAAUUAGUGGAGGAGAAAUUCACUAGCAGUGAUAAACAAGAUCUUAGAGAUCUUAUGUGGAUAAAAAUGAACUCAGCUCAUUCAUCUUGGCAAUACCGCGAGCGUAAAAACUUCCUUGGUCUUCCCGAUAAUCAAAGGGAUGGUUAUGUUCCUGAAGGUGUUGAUACUGAGGAUUGGGUGCAAGCUGUUCAAUAUUGGGCUUCUGAUGACUUCAAAAAAAUGAGUAAGAGGAAUAAGCAAAACAGAGGAAAGGUGGAAGGGAAAAAUACUUGUGGCUCAAGAACAUAUGGCGAAGUGGCGAAAAAUAUGAGAGAUCCGUUAACUGGAAAAAUGAAGUCUCAUGAUGAGGGUAAAAUAAAAGAGUUGGUUGAAGCUGGAUCUAAGUUGACGUAUAAAGAGAUGGUUUGUCUUGCCUCGGGAAAGGCUCUCACUCAGAGUAGUAGGAGGUCCAGAAGAAGAGGGAAAGAUAAGUAUCUGUUGAGGGCAGAGAUCAAAGCAGAGGUGCAACAACAGUAUGAUGCUAAGUUAGCCGCAGAAAAGAAGAAGUUUGAGGAGACAAUAGCUCGUCUACAAGUAGAAAAACCAUGA